AUGGCCGCAGCGGGACAGCGUCCCCUGGGGCAGGCUGCGGCCCCGGACGGUGGUGGCGAUAAGCGCCCGGCAGUUCGGGCCCGGGAAUGCUGCUCAUUGUUGGAGAGGGCGAGGAAAAGUUCUGUUGACUUUCUUGGACAACGUUCAGUAGUCAUCACGUUCACUCUGGUCGGGAAACUCCUAUCGGUUUUCUUCGCGCAGCUCUUCGUCCCUGGGGACUUAAGUCACAACAAAUUAUCUUCAAUCAAGACCAGUAUCUUGGAUCACCUUCAUAGUCUUCAGGAAGUGAAGUUGAACAACAAUGAACUGGAGAUCAUUCCAGAUCUGGGACCAGUCUCGGCAAAUAUAACUCUUCUGUCUUUGACCAAUAACAAGAUUGCCAACAUUUUGUCUGAACAUCUGAAGCCAUUUCAGAGUCUAGAGACUUUGGACUUGAGCAACAAUAACAUAUCGGAGCUAAAAAUUUCAUCAUUUCCAUCAUUACAACUCAAGUAUCUGUAUAUUAACAGUAACCGAAUAACCUCUAUGGAGCCUGGUACCUUUGACAAUUUGUCUACCACACUUCAAGUAUUGAAACUGAACAGGAACAAAAUUUCAGCAAUUCCUCAAAAGAUGUUUAAACUGUCCCAUCUGCAGCACCUGGAGCUGAAUCGCAACAAAAUCAGAAAAAUAGAUGGGCUCACUUUCCAAGGACUUCCUGCUUUGAAAUCAUUAAAAUUGCAGAGAAAUGGGGUUACGAGGCUCAUGGAUGGUGCUUUCUGGGGUUUGACCAACAUGGAAGUCUUGCAGCUGGACCAUAACAACUUAACAGAGGUAACCAAAGGCUGGCUUUAUGGCUUACUGAUGCUGCAGCAGCUUCAUCUCAGCCAAAACGCCAUCAGCAGGAUCAGUCCUGAUGCCUGGGAAUUUUGCCAAAAACUCAGUGAGCUAGAUUUGACACUCAAUCAUUUAGCAAGGUUAGAUGAUUCAAGUUUCAUUGGUUUAAGCGUGCUGGUUGGACUGUACAUCGGAAACAACAAAGUAAAUUACAUUGCUGAUUGUGCCUUCAAGGGACUUUCCAGUCUGCAGAUUCUGGAUCUGAAAAACAAUGAAAUAUCAUGGACUAUUGAAGAUAUGAAUGGUGCUUUCUCUGGCCUAGAUAAACUUAGAAAGCUGAUACUUCAAGGAAACAGAAUUAGAUCCAUUACAAAGAAAGCAUUUUCUGGUUUGGAUGCACUUGAACACUUAGAUCUAAGUAACAAUGCAAUUAUGUCAGUUCAAGGAAAUGCAUUUUCACAAAUGAAGAAACUCAAAGAAUUACACUUCAACACAUCAAGUCUUUUGUGUGACUGCCAGUUAAAAUGGCUACCACAGUGGAUGUCAGAGAACAACUUCCAGAGCUUUGUGAAUGCCAGUUGUGCCCAUCCUCAGCUGCUAAAAGGGAGAAGUAUUUUUGCUGUCAGCCUGGAUGAGUUUGUCUGUGAUGAUUUUCCUAAACCACAGAUCACUGUCCAGCCAGAAACCCAGUCAGCAAUUAAAGGCUCCAAUUUGAGUUUUGUGUGUUCAGCAGCCAGCAGUAGUGAUUCCCCAAUGACUUUUGCAUGGAAGAAAGACAAUGAAUUGCUGCAAGAUGCUGAAAUGGAGAAUUACGCACACCUCCGGGCCCAGGGUGGAGAAGUGAUGGAGUACACCACCAUCCUUCGACUGCGCAACGUUGAAUUCAGUAAUGAAGGGAAAUACCAGUGUGUUAUUUCAAAUCACUUUGGUUCAUCCUACUCUGUCAAAGCCAAACUUACAGUAAACAUGCUGCCUUCAUUUACAAAAAUCCCCAUGGACUUAACCAUUCGAGCUGGGGCAAUGGCGCGUUUGGAAUGUGCUGCAGUUGGGCAUCCUAUCCCACAGAUUGCUUGGCAGAAAGAUGGUGGAACAGAUUUUCCUGCAGCACGCAAGAGGCGCAUGCAUGUCAUGCCUGAAGAUGAUGUGUUCUUUAUUGUUGAUGUAAAGAUUGAGGACACAGGUGUUUACAGCUGUACAGCUCAAAACACUGCUGGAAGUAUUUCAGCUAACGCAACAUUAACAGUACUAGAAACACCAUCAUUUUUGCGGCCUUUGCUGGACCGAACUGUAACAAAAGGUGAAACUGCAGUCUUGCAGUGCAUUGCUGGUGGUAGCCCUCCACCCCGACUGAACUGGACUAAGGAUGACAGCCCUCUCGUGGUAACAGAAAGACAUUUCUUUGCUGCAGGCAAUCAGUUACUAAUUAUUGUGGAUACAGAUGUAGAAGAUGCUGGGAAAUACACUUGUGAAAUGUCUAAUACACUUGGAACAGAACGAGGCAACAUACGUCUUAAUGUAAUUCCUACUCCCACCUGUGACUCUCCUCAAAACAUUGCCCCAUCACUUGAUGAUGAUGGAUGGGCCACAGUUGGCAUUGUGAUCAUAGCUGUGGUUUGCUGUGUGGUGGGCACUUCUUUGGUGUGGGUGGUCAUCAUCUACCACACCAGAAGGAGAAAUGAAGAUUGCAGCAUCACAAAUACAGAUGAAACAAAUUUACCUGCAGACAUUCCAAGUUACCUCUCAUCCCAGGGGACACUGGCUGAAAGGCAGGAUGGAUAUGGCUCCUCUGAAAAUGGCAGUCACCAUCAGUUUCUGUCAUCUUCUAUAGGAGGGUAUUUUCUGCAGCAGAGGGACAGUAAUGGCAUUUGCCAUCUAGAUAACAGCAGUGAAACAGACUUGGAUGGUGUUGCAGAUCCAUUCCUGUGUCACUAUCUGGGGACUUCAGGGACUUCGUAUUUAAAAGGCAACAUUUACAGUUCUGAUGCAUUUGAAGCAUGCAAUACAAGUUGCAGCCCUGACCAGAGAUCAGCAGGCUUGGGCCCUUACGAGUCUGGAUAUUUAAAGAAAAAGGAAUGCUAUCAAUACUCACCUGCACAGGAAGAUCCCUUUGACCAGUGUGUUGGCUUUAUUGGGACACCGGCUACAAGUAGCAGAUUGAUGAACUCUGUUUAUACUCAAAAUGAAGGAACUGGACUGAAAAGCAAAAGUCUCAACUUAGACACAUUUGAUUUAAACAGAAGUUUGGAGCCCUCAUCUGUUACAAGUAACAGCACUUUCAUGGGAACAUUUGGAAAGCCUUUAUGGAGGCCUCAGCUGGACUCUCUUUCAAGCUGUAGACAGCAAGCAAAUUGCCAGCCAAAAACCCCUCAUAAUAAUCAUCAUGUCUCACUGGACUUCGAUGCAGAGGUGGAUGAAGAGGGAAGGAAAAGGACAGUUUCUAGGGGAGAAAAUAGCUUUUAUACUUGCAAACAGUCCUUUGAAAACUUUAGGACUUCUGCAUUCCAAUCCUGUGAUUCAGAUACGUAGCUCCUUUUGGACUUGCUGAUUUCUGGAACCAAAGAAAUAAUUUGACAUACUACUACCUCAGUAUGGAACUUUAUUUAAAAAGGGAAUAAGGAGAAGAAGGGAAGAAAGAAACCACAUGAUGCUCUGAAAUCAGAAGAAAAAAUAUAUUUUUUUUCCAAUAAAGCAUAAUUUCCAAGAUGCUCUACAUUGGUUCUACAGGGGAAAAAUCCUUAUAAAAAUACUAUAUUUGUAAUUAUUUUAUAGCUUUUUUUUAAUGCAAAUAAUAUGUUUUGUAAAUUAAUGAUGUAAAUAAUACAGUGUACCUAUUUCUAUGUCAGACUUCAUUUUCUUGAAAUGAGUAGUAAGCAUUCUAAUUUUGUAUUUUUUUUUAAGUUUUGUACCUUUUUGCAAAUGGAAACUCCAUGCUGUUUGCAGGUACCAUGCAUCUUAUUUGCACAUUACUUUAAUAAAAUAUGCUGCCAUGUGGUCUCUGACCCACAUUAGAGUAUGAAGAAUGAAAAGUGUGAAUUAUGUUUUUGUACAGUGUUGCAAAUGUAGGUGCUUUCUGAUGCACGUUUGCACCUUUAUUUGACUUAAACUUGUACCUUUAGAUUUACUAUGUAAAAUACCUUCUUCUUCAAAGAGAGGGUGUGGUCCUGCCAUGGUUAUUGGUGAGGUUGGUUGCAGCUGCUUGAACUAAAGCAAGGCUGUAAAUCCUCCAGUUUGUGAAUUCCCCCUGUCAGAUGUGCACACACAUGCUCUCAGUUUUCAUGCCUGUAAGACUGUAGAACCAGCAGUUUGCCUGUGCCUUUGUUAGUGUGCCUGCAUCUGGUGGAAGGAUAUACACAGUAGAUGCACGAAUUCAUAUCAAGCUAUUUACUAAAAGAAGAAAAAUGGCACUGGGUAUCUGCCUGGUAACCUAGCUCUUCUCUGAGUGGCUGCAUCAAGUGUUUGCCAAAUACGCAGUGCAUGUCUGAGUCUUUGCUUUCCCACACCCUUUAUCCCUCUUUUCUUGCUUCUGCAGCCACUCCCUGCUCAACAUGAGGAGGUAAUCCAAGAAUAAGAUAAUGUUUUUUUUGUUUAAUUCAUGCUUCUGUUCCUUACUUGGCUGCCCUUCUCUGGUUAUAGAUGAGAUCUGUGCUUUAUUUAAUUGCUCAGUCAUGUUGAGCAAUUGUAGACUCUUGCUGGAUUAUAUUUGUAGUAAAGAACCCAGUGUCUAACUAUACAAAGUCAGAGAUAAACAGUAGUUAAAACUGAGUGGACACAGUCUACUUUUUCUGUUUCCAGGUACAGAUGCGUAUUGUUUUAAAAAGUUGUGAAUCCUGUUGUCAUUACUGUGCUAAAACAGUGAGACUUCAAAAUGGUUAAUUCUACAGGACAUUGGCUUUUUAAAUCUGCCUGCUUUGAAGGUGCAAACUUACAUGGUUGCCAAAUAGCUUCUUUUAAACUAAAGUAAAAGCAGCUGUUAGCAUAGGCCAUCACAGGCAUCAGGGCUAAAGCGAGAGCAAAGAUUUUGUUGCCUGGUGUAGCUGAACUAAGGGCUUUUAGUUGUCUGCAGCCAGAAACCUGGUGCCCAGAUUGCAAUGCAAUUUCCCUUUAAUUUAGGCACCAGUAUUAGAGGCAGGAAGUUAAUCCAUCCUUAGUCACUGGUGGUCUAAGCUUACAGAACGGGUUUUGCGUGCUUUAGUUGAUCAUAUUGCCAGAUUUUUUGACUUACUGUUAAUUUGUCUUCAUUGCUGCCAGAUGUGCUGAUGUGGUGACAGACAUUGGUACUGGUGUUUGAUUAUAAUUAAGUGCAUUUGAAAGGGAUUAAUUUUUCCUCAGUUAAGCACAAACCUGUAGGUCAAUAAGGCAAGAAAUCUAAAAUUUGGUUCACUCAAUAAUCUCUCCUUUUUUUCCCCCAAACCUCCCUCCCUAAUGACCCUGUUUUUUAGGGAGAGGAGAGCUGGAGCCUGUGAUAGCUCCUGUUUAUAGCCAGACAUUGCUUUUUUGACAUAUUAAAAAAUACCUAAGUUAAAAACAGUAACUCCAGAUUUAGUGUGUAUCCUUAAGAACUCCAUGUUAAAGGUUCAUCACGAAAAACAAGCUUUAAAUUCUGUAGUGGGUGAAGGUUGAGAACAGUGGCAAUGUCAUUCUUUUUUCAUCUCCCUUGCAAAGAUACUAAUCUUCCAAGGGCUUGAAUGUCUGUACCUAAAUAAAUGUUCAGGGUCAAUGACUGAAUUUUAAACGCUUUUCACCAAGUUGCAUUUAGUAAUCUAGACGUAGGAAUGACUUAAAAUGUUACUUGAUGCCUUAAAUUCCCAGGAAUGAAAAUAAAAGCUCCUAUGUCCUUUUUUCUGCUAGCUUGAGUUUUUGUGCUUUAUAAGUGGAUUGUGCUUUAAUACAGUGGCAAUCUAUAGAGUGCAAGAUAGUUUCAAUAUCUUAGUAGUUCUUUUUAAACCAAUGAUGUAACCAAACACCUGUUUUAAAGGCUUGGAAGUUUGCUUGCCUUUUUUUUUUGUCCCCCCCUGCCUCUUUAAGAUGCAAAUGUUAGUGAGUAGUUGGGUAUUUACCCAGCUGAAAGCUAAAUUGUAAGUUGAUGUGAUGGGGAAAGAAAUUGCAGCCAACCCUGAGUAAAGCUUACACUGCAUCUCAAGAAUUAGAAUGAGAAACAAGUCUUGUGUUGCUCAGUGACAAAAUAGACAUUUUGCAGUUUUAUGACCAGCAGCAGCUGGAAUCUUGCCAUGGGCUCACUUAAAACUUGUAGAAUUUUCUUUAAGGGCAGUAUUCACUUAAUGCUUUACACAACAAAAUGUUUUGCCUUGUUGAACUCACAAGUGAUUGCUGAGGCACAGUUUCUGUAAGCCCUAAAUAGUUUAAGAUAAAUGGAGUUACUCAUUUACCACAAUCUCUCUGGAGUGAGCAUUUCCUAAAUGUGUAACCGAAAUGAUGUGUAUGAGAUGACACUAAGGAUACCUGCGUACUGACGGGCAUUACAAUUUCAAACACAACUUUAUGGAGUUCUACUCUAUUUCAGCAGCAAAUGCUUUAAUUUAGAAUUCUUAACUGUAAGGGCAUCUUGAUAAAUGGCAAAGAGUUAGGUGCAAAGCUUUCUCCAACUGAGGGCUCAUUAGUGUCACCAAACAUUUCUUAUUUCAGUCUCUGGGAUCUCUUGAACACUUAAGCCUUAUUCCUUGAGCCGCUUCAAAUAAGCUUAAAACUAAGACUUAGCUUUGCACUGCAAACAUUUGUGUUCUGCCAGCCUUACAAACCAGGACUAUAAUUGGGGAUUGUGUUUCUUCUUGAAUAUAAACAUAAGCAGAAAUUCUGUUAGCUACUUGCAAGUUUUCUUGUUACAGAUAUGACACAUCUCGGAGUUAAGCUUUCUCAGUGAAAUCUUUUUUGCUCACUUUGUGUAUUGCUUUGUCAUGGAGAAUGUGUCUUGACUAGUUGGAUGUUAGUUUACGACUCUUGUGAAAUUACUUAAGAAAAUAAGGAGACAGGAGAACCUCAGCCUGUUUAGUGAAGGGGGAAAAAAAGCAAUGUAUAACAAGAUGCAGUUUGUGUACAUGCCAUUUUAUUCGCGUUAAAAACUUUACCGAUACCUUUCUUUUUUGUAUUUCAGUGGAGUGUUGCAGGAGGGAAUAAAAACAACGUCUUAGCUCA